AUAACGCAAAAAGCCAUGACGUAGAAAAUUUGAAUACUCAUUCAAAUAUUCGAACUCAUUUCCUUCCUCCAAAUACGAUAUCUUACUUACAACCGAUUGACCAAGGGAUCAUUUAUAGCUUAAAGGCUAAUUAUCGAAGACUUCUAUGUCAAGAUCGGAUUGAAGCCUAUGACGCUCUUACACCUGAGAACCUGAUGCCUAGCCCUCUUACUAUUCGAAAUGCAAUUAAAUUUUCCGCCGCUGCUUGGAAUUCUGUAACUGAGACUACAAUUCGUAAUAGCUGGCAACGUGCUGGUAUACUUCCUGUUGACGAUAAUGAUAAUAAUUACGAAUUCGUAGAUUUUACUGUGGGUCAUACUGAAACUGAGGGUGAACUCACAAAUCUUAUUUUUCAAAUGCCCCAAGUUUCUGAUCCUCUGUCAGCCAUGGAGUAUAUUCAAAUCGAUAAUCAAGUAGCAAGUGAGGAACAGAUGACAGAUGAGGAAAUU